UGGGCCACACCUACUCCCCAUUCAGAGCAAGGAUCAGCAGAUCUUGGUGUCUGCCUCCACAAAUCCUCCAGUGGCUUGGAUCUUCCCAUGAAGGUGGUGGAUAUGUUUGGAUGCUGCUUACCAGUUUGUGCAAUACAUUUCCAGUGUUUACAUGAACUUGUGAAACAUGAAGUAAACGGCAUGGUGUUUAUGGACUCUGAGCUUGCAGAUCAGCUGAAGAUGCUUUUCUCAGAAUUUUCCAGUCCUGAUAACAGACUGAAGCAGUUCAGAAAAAACCUUACAGAAUCAAAGCAGCUUUGCUGGGAUGAGAGUUGGGAGCAGACACUGUUCCCAUUGUUUACUCACACUUGUGGGGUUUGGUCAAAGACUUGAAUUCAAUAAACAUCUUUUUUUUUAGUUUUGUUUUUAGGCAAUUGGGGUUAAGUGACUUG